AAAUGAGAAUAAUCACAAUAAUACUCAUAAGAAAUGGCCGCCAUAUUUUUGAUAUGAUUCCAACUGUAGCUGAUAAUCUUAAAAAUUAUCUUAAAUAUAAACAACUUGAAAUAAAACAAACACAGAAGAAAAAGGACUAUAUAUGCUACCAAGGGCAUGAAUAUUUGGCCCAUACAAGUGGUAAAAAGGCCGUUUACCUUACUUGUCGCAAAAGAUGUGGUGGUAGAGCCAAAUUAAUGAUUGGUCUCGAUUUAAUUAUCACCAUCCAACAUUCUUUAGAAUGUCAAAACUUGGUAGCAGCCAUAACUCCUAAUGCAAAUCAAGCAUUAGCCCCUCCACCUUCAAGUUCAGUUGGCCUAGCCAUUACACAUCAAGCCCAAGUUUCAAUAGCCCCUCAAACUUCUAAUGCAAAUCAAGAUUUAGCAUUAGCCCCUCCACCUUUAAGUUCAGUUGGCCUAGCCAUUACACAUCAAGCCCAAGUUUCAAUAGCCCCUCAAACUUCUAAUGCAAAUCAAGAUUUAGCAUUAGCCCCUCCACCUUUAAGUUCAGUUGGCCUAGCCAUUACACAUCAAGCCCAAGUUUCAAUAGCCCCUCAAACUUCUAAUGCAAAUCAAGAUUUAGCAUUAGCCCCUCCACCUUUAAGUUCAGUUGGCCUAGCCAUUACACAUCAAGCCCAAGUUUCAAUAGCCCCUCAAACUUCUAAUGCAAAUCAAGAUUUAGCAUUAGCCCCUCCACCUUUAAGUUCAGUUGCAGCUAUUACACAUCAAGCCCAAGUUUCAAUAGCCCCUCAAAUUUCCAAUGCAAAUCAAGAUUUAGCAUUAGCCCCUCCACCUUUAAGUUCAGUUGGCCUAGCCAUUACACAUCAAGCCCAAGUUUCAAUAGCCCCUCAAACUACCUCUGGCUUUGCCAGAGCCUAUCAAACCUUUAUUUCAAAUCUAGGUAAUUCAGGAACUUAUCAAGAUAUAAAUGUUGGCAUUGAAAGUAAUACGGAUCUGCCUUUAGAAGUGGCCCAUGUAUUAAUGGAUUUACAUCAAAAUAUAAAUGAUCCCCGGUUUGUAAAAUCUCAAAAAGGAAAACCGCUUCUUUUUUUUCAAGAUUAUUUGUAUCGACAGGAUUAUCAAAAAGAUAAUAAAAUACAUUAUCGUUGCAGGAAAGUUGGCUGCAAGGCUUCAUGCAAAUUCGAUGUUAUAUACAUUACUUCUGGAUUGCAUGAACAUCAAAAUGAAAUUGAUAUUUUUGAAAAGUUAAGAACUCAUGAGGUUCUAGAGGAUAUAGUUGCCGAAAAUUCUUUAGAAACAAGGCAUAAUAUUUAUGAAAAAGCCAUAAAUAAAAGAUUUUUGGAAACCCCAAAUAUAAAUUUCUAUCUGGAGGCGAUGCCCUCAUUUAUUUCGUUAAAAAGUACCAUCGAUCGAUUAUUACAAAAAAUUCGGCCACCUUUGCCACAAUCCGUAGAUAGCAUAGUUUUAUUGCCCGAAUAUAUCACCACAAAUAGGGGUGAUAUAUUUUUAAUUAAUAAUGAUGAUAAUAAUAAUAAUAAACUAUUGGUAUUUGGGACAUGUAGCAUGUUAAAGCUCAUAGAAACGUGUGAUAAUGAUACCAUAUAUAUGGUUGGUACAUUUUACGUUGUACCACGACUAUAUUACCAGUUGUAUACAAUUCACGUCUUGUAUCAGGAGACAAUGAUACCUAUUGUAUAUGCCCUCCUUCCUGACAAAACAAGAGCCACCUAUAUAGAUUUAUUUCAAAUUAUUCUAAGGUGCUGCGCCGAGAAUAAUAUCAUAUUUAAUCCUAGAUACGGGCAGACUAGGGUUAACAAAAGAAUAUAGAGACAAUACCACUGUCCACAAAGUAGUCAGACGUAGACUACUUUACCCUUUUGCCGGGAGGAAGAUAUUUCAGAAGUUAGGUCAUCAUGUCUUGCCAUGUCGCUUGAAAAUCCUUUGCUAAUACAAUUUAUGCAAUAUAUGGAUUUGACAUGGCUUUCCAUUAACGCUUUAUUUCCCCAUAGCCUAUGGACAAGUUAAUGGUCCUAGGACAAACAACCAUCUAGAGGGCUAUCAUCAUAGCUUGAAGCACAAAACACACUGCGCGCAUCCUAA